UCAUGUCUUACAUUUGGUUAACAAUGAACAUAGAAAAAACCAAGCCUGAGCAAAUAAUCAAAUAAUAACUUCCUGAAUUGUAGAUGUUGUUCUCUCCUGUGAAGAAUACUGUACUUUAAAGACAGUAUGCAGUGCAUUUGUUGUCCAAUGUAAUGUUUUCUAAAUUGGGUAGUGAUAUAUAAUUAUUGAAUUUCAGCAACAAGCAAUGUGCCAUCAGGAUGGCUUGGCCCUCUCCAGUCAUCUGAGCCCUCAGCUGAGGAUGUGCCCGAGCCUGAUGUAGAUGAGCCAAUGUCUAGUAGCCAUCUUGAUGACCAUGCUUCAAUCGAAGAUCCUCAACUAGUCGGGCUAGAAAGCCUGCAUGCCCAGAGAGAUCUACACAUCCAGUUUGCCCAACGUAAUGCAUAGACAUUACUCCACCAAAUCUCCACAGAGAGACAACAGGAUUUUGGAGGAUGUCCAUCAUAUGUUUGUGGACAUGGAGGAAAAACUAAAACAAGAUCCAACCACCUACGUAGAAUCGUACAAGGCUAUGCUCAGAGCAUAUGGUCGUUUAAAAACAGACAGUGCCCUUGUAUCAGCAAUCCGAAUGUUUGGCAGGUAUAGCGGAGUAAAUCUUGCUAAAAGGAAGGUAAAGUCGAAGGCAGGAGUCUCGGGUGGACUGCUACAGUCAUCUGGCCCCAGCAUCCCUGUUCAGCCCUCAGCCAUAUCACGCCGUCGACUGAAACUCGGAGGGAGGAGGAAACUAAAUAAGGGACGUCCAACCAAACAGUCUGCCAUGAAAAAGCAAGCCUUUUCUAGACCAUCUUCAUCAGCCAUAAUUCCAUCCAAGAAAAAGCGUGUUGCUGCACCACAUUCCCUUGGACAUGCAGUGACUAUGUGCCAAUCUUUAGGGAAGACACAUAGUGCAAAAUAA